AUGAUGCGCAGCUCAGAGAACCCCCUGUGCGACGCAAACGACGCGCAUUCAGCGGAACCACCCCUGGGCAGUGCGAAAAAGAACUCGCUUCACAUUUUCGGAACACACAGAGAUCAGUCCGAUAGCAAGAAGAAGCGAGUCCAGUGCAGGGGCUUACCAGCGGAUGGGCAGUACGAGAAAGAAAUAUUUCGCAAAAUGAAACAUUUUUACAAAAAUGAUGAGAAGACUAGUUUGGGUUGCGAUAGGAGUGUAGCUAGGGGCUCUACCCGUGUUGAGGAAACCCCCAGUGACGAAAAAGUGAGAGGGGAAGAAGCAAAGGAGAAAAAUGGCUCGGUGGAUGAAAACAUGGAGGAGAAUAAAGCAAAGCCUUUCAGCAAAAAAAGGAAGACGCUAUUACAUGAAGUGGCGUAUGUCUCACCGGAGAGUAAUUCUAAAAGGAAACGCCAAGUUGGAAGGGGAGAGGAUGCAAAAGAGCCCAUUGGAAGUGACCACAAUGAGUUUGAUAAUAGGAAUUUUACACAUGACGAAGUUAACCGCGGGGAUGACCUUCCUACGGGUAAUUUACUUCAAAGGGGGGACAAAACGGAUGGUUCAAAAGGGGCAGAAGAACCAGAUCGGGGAGAAGCAGAUCCGUCCUCUCCUUUGAAUGAAUACGCGGAGGGGGAGGGCAGUAGAGGGGAAAAUGAAUCAAACGGCGGCUGUACCAUUCGGGGAGACAAAACAAAUGCUCAGAUUAGUUGUGAUGGAGGGGUAACUGCUCAUUAUGAGAAUGACAAGGAGGGGUUAUCUCCCCUCUACAACAGUUUAGAAGUAUCAAGUGAGAGAAGGGGUGGGGACCACACCUCCGCUGUGAACCGACGCAGUUCUAUACCAUCAGAUAAGGAGAGUGGAAGAAACAAAGCAAGUGAUUUAGCCAAUGUAGAUGCUUGUGAUAGUCAAAGGGGGGAGGUGCCCAAUGAAGGUAGUCACUACCCUGGUGCAGAUAAGGCGAGCACCGGCACUGCAAGUUGUGAGGAAGAACUGAAUGGCAAAAUGGAGUCCAAACAGAAGGGGGAACCAAACAUAGGUGGUGCUAAUGGUAAAGGGGAAGCCACUGUCAGGAACGGCCCUAAACAUGCGUUCAAGGGAAGCAGCAGCGCCGUUAAAAAUAGUAUUGUAGAGAAAAAGAAAAAGAUUAAGAGCAUCCACAACGAGAUUUUGAGCCUCAUUAGCGCGGAUAGCUUUGCAGGAGAAGGAGAGCUGACGAACUACGGAGUGGAUUUUCUAAGAAGGGAAAAUGUAUCACUUGGUGGGGGGGACCAACGAGGGAAGCAGCUACACACAGGAGUGAAUGGAAAAGAGGAAAAUGGGAAAGAUCCACAGAUAGAUAGCCACACCGGCAUGCUCUCACAGUAUCAGCUUGUCAGCCCGUCGGAAGAAAGGCUCCUUUUAGAGGACUACAAAUCGGUGUGCCGCUAUCAAAGGGGAUCACUUCAAAAAGGGGUACACCAAGUGGAACACGAAAAUGGUGGCGGUGUGCAGAGUGAAGAAGUAACCACAUGUAACAGAAUGGAUAAGCCUAUCGAGGAGGGUAUAAAUAGGCACAGCUCAACAAGUGGAAGUCAAAAUCGUCCUCUGGAAAAGCCUUCUUUGUGUAAUGCCGAGUUGGUGGGAAAGGGCCCAAGAAGUGUGAUGAUCCGUCAGAAGGGAGAUAUUCACAAGGAAAAAAACCCACAUGGAGGGAGAAUCGCAUGGCCGGCACAGCCAAAGAGCAGCCUGCUAAGAAAGGCAAAGCUAAUCUACGAGAGGGAAAAAAAAACAUUGGAAAUAAACCGAAAAUACCUGAAUAAAUAUGGCUACUUUAAAAUCAUUUUGAACACCUACAGUAGAAACGAUCUGCUGAACAUGAGCGAACAUGGCGUUGAUUUUGACUUAUCAAAAAUUUUAUUCUCACAUGACAUCAUAAAGAAAAUUAACCGAGUGAACUUCAAGACGGUUAUAAAGGCUCUGGACUUUUACGGCUAUCUCUACGACCAUACAUUUUUAAAAAGGCUAUCUAAUAAGGUUACCAUAAACGAAUGGCUAUGUAACUCCAUUUUUUUUCAAAAAAUAUUUACAAGGAAGGAGCUAAAUGUGGGGAUAUUCUAUGAUCUUGUGUAUUACUUCCUCUAUUUGAAUCCUGCCUUUGUACAUUUCUUCUUUAGCAAAAAUGGAGGGAAAUUUGUGAAAAGAUUUUCUCUAUAUGACAGAUGUAAGGCGAUUAGACUAGUGAAUAAGGUUGUUGCUGAGUUGAAGAUUAUUAGGCCGUCUACCGACUCGGUGGUGCGAUUUUUGUUCGGCUUUUUUUCACAUACAAAGGGGGGGGAGGAAGCAAGAAGGGGGGGUAGCAAGAGGGCCCUACGUGGGCGUGAGCGCAGAGAAAAGGACAACUCGGCGGGUAUGCCCGUGGAGGGUAUGCCCUUGGAGGAUGUAUCCAUCACGAAUAUGACGAUGGGGGAAUGGACGCCCCCCGUUAACCGGAGUGACCGUCUAGUGGGUAACCCCAUGAAGAGGAAGCCCCAGGGACGCAGGGAAAAAAACACCCACGUGUACAUAAAAAAUGCCAAGUUUAAAAAAACGGGGCUACGAAAUAUUUUAAACAAAAUUUGGCAGAAAAACGAUUUGUACGUAAGGGAGGAAGUGUAUUAUGGGAACAACUUCACCGUUAGGAGAAGGGUGCGAGGAAAUGAAGCUCAUCAUUUGAACAUGCUUAACAAUCUUUUGUUCGAGUCGAAUGGCACGACGAGCGCGUCUUCGGCUUAUUCAUUUGGGGGCGAAGGGGGGCUGGGUUGCGGCUUCGACAAGUCAGGCGAAGUUAACUUUGGCAGGAGCGGCGCGGACGGCGGAGGUGACUCAGACGAUGAUGUAAGCGGCGGUGGUAAUGUUAGCGGCGAUGGUAGUGUAAGCGGCGCUGAAAAUGUAAGAGGCGGCGAAAAUGUAGACGGCUGCGACGAGAGGAGGGCCACCAAAACGUUUCACUCGCUGGACUGCGUGCCGAACGUGUCCUUCGAUUUGUUCUCGCAGGAGGGGGACUCCUUCCAAAGGGGAGAUUCCUACCUAACGCUGUGUUUCAAGGAGGAAGAAAAAUGUAACACGGAGAAAUAUGUUAAGGAUGUUACCUACCUGGGAAUCAGAGUUAGCUCAAAGGAAAACAAAAUAAACUGCUACAACUGUUUUGAUGUUAAUUUGAAAGUGUAUUUAGAGGAAUAUCUCCUGGCAGAUGUCAAAUAUAACAUUUCCAAGGAGGGGGAUUACGCGUCUGCCUUUUUUCCCGUGUGGCCACAUAACCCUGAUUACUUUGGGUACCAAAUUGGGAGGAACAUCAAAAAGGAGUUCAGCAAAAUGAGGAAAAGCACUGCAAUGAAGGAGAGAGGAGAAGUGGAAAAAAAAUCGAUCGGAAAUGUCCUCAACAAAAUGGAUGGUAAAGCGGUAAGGUGUGGUGAGUAUGUCGCAAAUUGUACAUCUCGAGAGAGAAAAAAAAAGUUCCUUUUUUCCAAGCGGGACAGUCGGCCCAGUAACGCUCAGAACAACUCACAGAGGAGAGACAGCCAAGAGUGGAAGGAAGAUAAAACUCGAAAUGUAGAUCAUAUGAAAAUAAAAGACUGCUGUUUUGUGCUAAACGUAAAAAUAUACCCCAUGCGCACUUUAGCAUUGUACCUUUUGUAUAAUGCAUUAUACCAAGAUAAGAACGCAAAGAUUUUGGAGCUGUACUCUAGUAGCUUAAAUAAAGAAACGAAGGAAUGGCUGCUCCUCUUUCUUCUUCCUCACUUUGUAAACAAAUGCAUACAUAAAGUUACCUACCCCCUAAAGCUGACCAGAAAUAUUUUCUCCGAAUCGAAUGAAUUUUAUGAAGACUUUUUUUCCAAUGAAUAUUUAAAAAUUAAUGAGAUUGAGAAAAUUAUUAUAUACACAAAGAAUAACAGCGAUGAUGAUGUGGAGAUAUGUCCCUUUUCCUUUUGCUAUUUGUGGUUAAAAUCUACCAAGCAGAGAAUUGAUAGGUGGAUUAGCUCCAAAAUUAAUGAAGUGCUCUUUACAUUUCCCUUUGCGAAUUUUUUGCUGAGUAAAUAUUUCUCGAAUUUCAUUUUAUUCAUUCAGUUGUUCCAUACCUGCUUGGAUAUAGAUCACAUGUAUCUCUGCAAGUCCCACUUUUACGUUUCCCUCAAGCACAAUUUGUCCUUUCUGCACGAGUCGCUGGUCAGCGUUUUGUUCUCCCCGCCCCAGAGGUGGUAAAAAAAGAAAAAAAAAAAAAAGGGGUGAACUCAACAGGGGUAAUAAAACGGGUGUUGUUUUUAUGUGCAUGUCUGCGCGUGUGUAUGGGCAUUUGUGUAGCUACUUUCCCGUUUGCACGUCGUUUUCUUCUUUCGUUUAUGCUUGUCCCGAUUGGUGACUCAGUCUGCGGGGCCCAUUUUUAGAUUUCUUUUUUGUGCGCCUUGCCAACCCCUUGAGGGGCACCUUUUUGCAAACGUUUGUUCACAUACCGCGGUUUCUUCCCCUUUUUUGUGAAAACGCUUUUAAAAGGGGAAUGCCUAAUGAGGGGUACCUAC